AUGUCGGACGCGGAGCAGGUCUUGCGCAGCUUGUUGGAUAUUGUCGCCACUGAACACGAUUACAAAGACUAUGAAACUAAACUGCAGUCGUUUUCCACGGGAGGAGCCAACUACACUUCUCAACUGCAUCACAUCACGCUAUCCGCACCAGGGAAGGAUGACCUCAAACUGUUUGCGAAAUCGGCUAUUGUCAGCGAGAAUAUGCGAGCUCAAGCGCCGUUCGAGAUAUACGAAACUGAAAUGUUUUUUUAUUUGAAAUUGCUCAAGCAGUUUCAAGAGAUAGAGAUCCAACACAAUAUUCCGACAGAACAUAAGCUUGCCGCUGCAAAAUUUUACGGUUGCAAUAGGGAAUAUCUGAAAGAAAUUCUAAUACUGGAAGAUUUAUCGUCGCAGGGCUUUGAUACCCACGAUAGACUGAGAAGUUAUGAUUGGAAUUACGCCUCCAAAUCUGUCACAGAACUGUCAAAAUUACAUGCACUCUCUAUCGCCUAUAGCAAAGAAUACCCUGAGAAGUUUGAUACACUGUACACGAAGUUCAAGCUGCGCACAGAUCUGGACAGUCUCAAGAGCUUUAUGCAGGGCAUAAUAGGCAUGGUUAUGGCGGUUAUCAAAGAAGAAAACAAAACUAAAGUAGAAGCGUUCCUUCAGAAUGUACAAAGUGAUGAUUUCAAUAAAUUUCUCAUGCCAUCACGUCGGCCUAUCAUCGCACAUGGAGACUUUAGGCCCAGUAAUUUAAUGCACAGAACAAGAGAGGACGGACAAAUAGAGGUGGUGAUUCUAGAUUACCAGACGCUUCAAAUCUCCAACCCGAUCAUUGAUCUUAUGUACUUCAUCUUCAGCGGAUCUGAUGAAGAGUUUCGUGCUAAACACUAUCGGCAACUCAUUGACCAUUACUACUUGGAACUUUGUAACGCUCUUACCAGGUUGGGUGUCGAUGCUAACGAAUUGUACCCAAAAGAAGAUUUCGAAUACGAAUUGGAAAAGAUUCAGCCAUAUGGUCUGUUGAUCAGCUUUGUGUUGCUACCGAUGGUGACCGUUGAAGCUGAGAAUGCGCCAAAAAUGGACGGCGCUGGUGACAUCAAGGAUUUCGUUAUCAAACCGAACGAACUCGCAGCAACUAGAUUGAAUGGAGUCAUCAAUGACUUUGUAAGGCUAGGUGUAUUAUGA